AUGAAUAACACUAUUAUUCCACCCAUCACUGCACCAGACUAUGGCUUCUCUCUGGGCUGGAGGCAAUGUGCCGCUUUCGCCUUCGUCGAAACUGUACACGACAAUCAGUGGACAAACAGACCGUGGACAACCAAACCAAACGGGCGCAUUCCGACCACCAACUUCUGCAAGAUCAACGUCGACGGCUUCAGCUACAACGGUUGGUUAUUGCUACGAACGCCCAGCAACCUCACUCAAAUAGUGUACGACACGCAGUACAGUCAGAUCGGCGCAGCGCAGAAGCUCGAGUACAUUGCGUCCGAAUUGCGCGCCUGGCGCCGCGACGGUCACGAGUUUUGGUCGGAGGCCGUCUUCUUUGCCUAUCAUGGCUAUCUCUGCAUGCAAAACCAGAACAUCCACGAUCUCCUACCCAAGAUGGACGCCGCUAUUCGUCAUGGCAUGACGCGUCUGCUUGAGUUGUAUCUGUCGCAUCUCACCGACAUGUACAUGACACCGUCGCCCUUCCCUUCCAAUGUUGAGGUGCUCAACGACAUGGGCAAGAAGCCGACUUUGCAGGAAGCAGCUAAGCGAAAGCCGAAGAUCACACUCAAGUUCAAGGGCAAUCAUUACUUUCCUGGUGACUUGAUGGAUGCUCUUCCCAACAAUGUCAGCUACGAAUCGUUUGUAAAAUCCGAUAUCUUCCAGGAGCAGCCUGAUGACUUUGUCAUCAAGAGCAACAUCAUCGACUUCGCGCUACCCAAGUAUGACAGUAGCACACAUUUCGAGCUUCUUGGUGGUACUGAUGGAACUUUCGAUAUUCCCUCUGCAUCCAGCAGCUUUCGGUGGUCCGGUAGUACACUGUUCGACUCAUGUACCCAUCUCGACACCAAGCGCACAUGCUUCACUCCAGCCGCAUUCACCUUCGAAUCUGAUGCAAACACCGCAGAUUCCGAAGCCCUCCUCGGACCGGAUUUCGUGAACGACCCCUCCGUGCUUCCCACAAAUCUCAACGGCUUCUCACCUCCUGGCACAGUUUUCACUCCUUCUCCAACCGACAGCAUCUUCAGCGGUGCGACUACUGUAGCUCAACUACCCGAUACACCCCUUUCAGACACGACAUUCGCCGAGGGCGACUUGCCUGAGCCAUCAUCCAGCGGCGGCAAUGCUCCACCACUCCCACUGCCCCUCUCGGCUGACGAGACCGAAGCGCUUUUCCAGCUGCACACCACUCAGACUCUGAACUGGGUCCGCGACUACUUCCUGCACGUCUAUGCUCGACUACCCGCUCCGUCACCAAGCACGGCUACCCUUCCUAGUUCAAGCGAAGCCCACUCGAGCGUAUUCAGUGCUCCCGCUGCAAUGUCGCCCAAUGUCCCCGGCCCCGCAGACGACACAGAACGUAAGAUCAAGGAGCACAAUACAAGAGCCACCUCUAUCGCUGCCAGUAAUGCAUACGACCCCUCGAUUGCCGUUCUGCAGCAGUACAUCAAGAAGCUGGAGAGCGUACGUGAGGUUUUCAGUCAAUGGUUCUGGCUCAAUGAGCGGAGAGGCCCUGCGCAGGUCAAGAUCGAUAUCACGGCAUGUGGACAACUAGUGACAUUAGGUAAGCUGGUUGGCUUCGAUAUCAGUGUUUCAGCUACUGCUGGUCAUGAUGCUGGUAAGAAGACGGCACGGCCAAUCAAGACUGUGCAGGACGACCACGUCUUCGACUCUAGGACUGUGGUCGGCGAGCAGGAGGACUGGAUUAUGCGCGGUGCUUAG